GCCUGAGGGCUGGUGGGCUGAGGGUGGAGCGCCUGGCAUGUGGGGCCAGCGGCUCUUUGCUGGGACGGCUGUGGCGCAAAGUGUAAGUUUUCCAGGACUUGUCCAAAUGGAUGAAGAUACACAUUACAAUAAAGUUGAAGAUGUUGUUGGAAGUCAUGUAGAAGAUGCAGUAACAUUUUGGGCUCAGAAUGUCAGUAAAAAUAAGGAUAUUAUGAAGAUUGGUUGUUCACUAUCAGAAGUUUGUCCUCUUGCUAAUUCAGUUUUUGGGAAUCUUGAUCCUAAGAAGAUUUACGGUGGAUUGUUUUCUGAAGAUAAGUGCUGGUACAGAUGCAAAGUGCUAAAAACUAUCAGCGAUGAUAAGUGUCUGGUGAGGUACAUUGACUAUGGAAAUACUGAAAUUCUAAAUCGAUCUGAUAUAGUAGAAAUUCCUCCAGAGCUACAAUUUUCUAGUAUUGCCAAGAAAUAUAGACUUUGGGGACUACAGAUUCCUUCUGGCCAAGAAGUUACCCAGUUUGAUCAGGGUAGAACAUUUUUGGGGAGUUUGAUUUUUGAAAAAGAAAUUAAAAUGAGAAUUAAAGCAACAUAUCAAGAUGGAACAGUUAUUGCUCAGGCUGAGUAUGGCACUGUCGAUAUAGGGGAAGAAGUGGCAAAGAAAGGAUUUGCAGAAAAGUGCAGACUGACCUCAGGCAUUGAUGCCUGUGAGGCAAAGAAACCUGAUCCUAAUCAGCUUGCUCUCAGGAGUCUCAAGAACCCUAUCCCCCUGUGGGGGCGCAGAUCAAACCAGUCAACCUUCAGCAGGCCAAAGGGGCAUUUUAACGGGAGGCUGACUCUUGAUGUGAAGUAUGAGACUAGUGCAGGAAAUCACGUGACAUUUCCAAAGGAAAGUUUGGCUGCUGGUGACUUUAAUUUAGGGUCUAAUGUCAGCUUGGCAAAAAUUAAACAGGACCAGAAACUUAUUGAAGAGAAUUAAAAGCUCAAAACAGAGAAAGAGGUUCUUCUAGAAAAUUACAAAGCAUUAGAAUUAAAAGUUGAACAGACUGCCCAGGAGCUGCAGCAAGAGAAAACAGCUACCAUGGAUCUGACUAAGCAUUUAGAAAGCACUCUGAAGACGUGUGUAGGAACGAGGCUGAAGAAUUUGGCAGCUAAAGUAGAACUAUUGAAAGAAAUUAGGCAUAUUAACAUCAGUAUUCGCUUUGGAAAUGACCUUUCAGAUGCUAUGCAAGUGUUGGAUGAAGGGUCCUUUACUACUCUAGCAUCUUUGAAUGAGUUAGAGAAAAUUUGGGCUGAAUAUAAUGUUGCUCAGGAGAAGAUCCAAACUUGUCUUAAUGAGAAUGAAGGUAAUAUUUUGAUUGCUGAAAGAAAUGAAGUACAACAGAAGCUGUUCGUGGCUGUAGAUGUUUUUAUUCUGGAAGUAGAUGACUUACCACUUGAUAAACGCUUAAAAACAUUGCAGGACUUAGCAACUUCUUUAGAAUCAGUGUAUGGAAAGGCCAAAGAAGGAACUAAUAACUCUGAAGAAACACUUAGAAAGUUUUAUGACUGGCAGUGUANCAAAAGAGAAGAGUUCGCCAGUAUUAAGAGUGAAACAGAGGCAUCUCUGCAGCAUCUUGUGGCAUGGUUCCAAAGCAGCCAGAAGGUUUUUGAUCUGUCCUUGGAUGAACCAUUGACUUCAGAAGACCUGAUUGGUAAUAUUGACGAAAUUCUAGAGAAGACUGAGUCAUGUGUCUGCAAAGAGCUAGAGCUGUCUUUUAAAAAGCAGAUGAUUGACUGUUUAAAUAAGAGCCCCAAUGUGGAUUACUUGCUUUCCAUUAAGAAGACAUUGAAAGGCUUGAAAGCACAACUGAGAUGGAAAUUGGUUGAGAAGAGUAAUUUGGAAGAAUCUGAUGACCAUGAUGGAACUGAAAUUGAGAAAAUAAAGCAAGAAAUAACUCAAUUNCGCAAUAGUGUUUUUCAGGAAAUUUAUCAUGAGAGGGAGGAAUAUGAGAAGCUGAAUAGCUUGACCCAGAAAUGGUUCCCUGAGCUGCCUCUGCUGUAUCCUGAAAUAGGAUUGCUUAAAUAUAUGAAUUCUGGUGGUCUUCUUACUAUGAGCUUAGAGCNGGACCUUCUUGACACUGAGCCCAUGAAGGAACUUAGCAGCAAGCGUCCUCUGGUGUGCUCCGAGGUUAAUGGGCAGCCAGUCCUCUUAAAGGGCUAUUCCGUGGAUGUUGACACAGAAGGCAGGGUGAUUCAGAGAGCAGCCUCUUAUCAUAGAGCUUGUGGAUAUGCUAAAGAAGAGUCUGGCUUACUGCCAUUAAUAUUCCUGUUUUUGUGUAAGUCUGAUCCUGUUGCCUAUCUGAUGGUCCCAUAUUAUCCUAAGGCAAACCUGAGUGCAGUUCAGGCCAGUAUGCCUUUAACUUCAGAAGAAGCUUUAAAAGUCAUGAAAGGUGUUGCCCNAGGACUGCAUACAUUGCAUAGUGCUAACAUAAUUCAUGGAUCACUUCAUCAGAACAAUGUAUUUGCCUUAAAUCGUGAACAAGGGAUUGUUGGAGAUUAUGACUUCACCAAAUCUGAGAGCCAGCGAGCUUCAGUCAACGCGAUGGUUGGUGGAUUGAGUUUGCUUUCACCUGAAUUGAAAACUGGAAAACCUCCUUCUGCAAGUUCAGACUUAUAUGCUUAUGGUUGCCUUUUCUUAUGGCUUUCUGUUCAAAAUCAAGAGUUUGAGACAAAUGAAGAUGGAAUUCCAAAAGUAGAUCAGUUUCAUUUGGAUGAUAAUGUCAAGUCCCUCCUUUGUAGCUUGAUAUAUUUUAGAAGUUCAAUGACUGCUGAGCAGGUUUUGAAUGCUGAAUGUUUCUUGCUUCCAAAGGGGAAAUCAAUUCCAAUCCCAGAAAAAGAGAUUGAAUGUACUCAGCAUAGCAGAGAAGAUGAAUCAAAGAUGGAGAGUCUGGAUAGAUAUAGCGAAAAGACAAGAAAUGGUGAAGCCAACCCUUGACUAACAAAUUAGUCCUUUAUUGUUGCUGUAUAUGUCCCUUUUAAAAACUUUGUUCUGUUUGCUUAGUAGACAAAAAUGUUCUGGAACUAGUUGGAUUGCAUCUUUGGA